AUGGAGCUCGACAGAGUGGUUGCUUCUGUCCCCGGACUUGCAAUUCGCAAGACUUGGAGCACUGUGCUUGUUGGCUGGGCUUUGGCCAUGAAGCAGGACAUUGAGGCUGAGUUCUCGAGGCUCGAAACAUUCUUCAGCAGAAAGUUCGACAUCCACAGCGCCCAGGCCAAUUCACUAAGUCGUCCGAUCCCGUGGUAUUUGACGAAUUUGGCCUUCAAAAGUCAGAAUCUCGCCCAAGAAAUCAUUGCCAAAGCCCCUGGCCUGCACAUGAAGCGGCACCACAAAACUGCCGUCAUCGGGCGGGAUGAAGAUAAAGUGGAUGCCGAGAUAGCCUCCAUGGAAGAAACCGUAAGGCAAGAAAAAGAACAAGAGGAAGCCGAAGAAAGGGCGAGACUGGAGAAGAAGGAGGCCGAGAAAAAAGCGAGAUGGGAACGCCGGUCACCUGCCUGGGUCUUACCGUAUGCGGUGGCAUUGAAAAAUCAGAGGAGAAAGAAGAUUACAGCGACCCAUACAGCGACACCCAAAAAUGAGCACGAUGAUGACUUGGACGAGAAUGACUUGGACGACGAAGCUGGAUUCUCUCGCCCACCUAUUCUUGCCGGCUUUAGCAGCUUCUCUUUUUCCGAGGAUAGUUCGAGAGGAACUAAGCGCACACGGGGGGAAAUCCCCGAGCCAUACGGGUUUCAGGCCGCUAGAGCCUUGAAGCGACAGAGGGCGGAUGCUCCGAACCAGCCUGAGGAGUAA